AUGGUUCUGAGGAGAGGACAAGCUGCUCUGCUCACGUUCUUUACAUGUACAAGCUCCUCUGCUCAUGUUCCGAGAAUAGCAGCCUACUUUGCGGCAAGCCAGAAGGUUACAGAGUGUGAACGGAGAGAGCCGAUGCACUGUAAGCAGCGGUGGCAGAAGAUCAACGACGUCGCGUGCAAAUUAUGUGGUUCGUAUGAGGCUGCAACCAGGGAGAAGACCAACAGACAAAAUGAGACUGAUGUUCUCAAAAAAGUGCAUGAGAUCUUCUGCAACAACAAUAAAAAGAAGUUCAACCUUGAGCAUAGGAAGUUGGACGAUGAUGCACAAUCAUCAGCCUCUCACUUGUCAGAAAGCAAGACUUCUGAAGCUGAUGAAGGCAACACUCGUCCCCCUCGUGUUAAGGCAUCUAAGGCACGUCGUAAGAAGACGAUAGAGGGGAAGGGGCUGUCUGAGUUUCAGACAAUAUGGUAUAUUAAACAGCAGGAUAUGGCCAUGAAAGAAAGGCUGUCCAAGAUGUCUCUGCUUGGCAGUCUUAUUGCCAAAAGAGAGCCAUUGUCUGAGUGUGAAGAAGCUUUAAAGAAGAAGCUGAUAAAUGACUUGUUGGCUGUUUAUGUGAGGACAAUAAACUUGGGUUAG